ACCAUGUCGUCUCAUAAGACUUUCAGGACCAAGAGAUUCCUGGCCAAGAAACAGAAGCAGAAUCGGCCCAUUCCUCAAUGGAUUCGAAUGAAAACCGGUAAUAAGAUCAGGUACAACUCCAAGAGAAGACAUUGGAGAAGAACCAAGCUGGGUCUGUCAGGAGCCCCCUGAGG